UUAUGUUGAUCCUCUGUGUUGGUGGCAAACACAACAAUCUGAAUUUCCAAUUUUAAGUAUCAUUGCCCAUGAUUAUUUGUCAAUUCAAGCAACAAGCAUUGCUUCAAAACAGGCAUUUUCAAUUGCUGAAAUGGUAAUUUUAGAUGAAAGGAACAAAUUAGAAAAAGAGACAUCAAAAGCAAUUCUUUGCUUAAAAACCUGGAUCUGUAAAGAAUUUUUCUAUAUUGAUCUCUAUAGAACUAGUAUCCUUUCAUCAUUUGGAUCAAUAUUUAAUGCUUUGUCUAAGUCUAGCGAUCGAAGAUGUGAUUAA